AUGUGGCUCCGUGCUCUUGUCCUGGCCACUCUCGUUGCUUUCACGGCUUGGGGGCACCCGUCCUCGCCACCUGUGGUGGACACCGUGCAUGGCAAAGUGCUGGGGAAGUUCGUCAGCUUAGAAGGAUUUGCACAGCCUGUGGCGGUUUUCCUGGGAAUCCCUUUUGCCAAGCCCCCUCUUGGACCCCUGAGGUUUACUCCACCGCAGCCUGCAGAGCCAUGGAGCUUCGUGAAGAAUGCCACCUCUUACCCUCCUAUGGUGAUGGUGUGGAUCCACGGAGGGGGGCUAAGGAUGGGUGCGGCAUCAACCUAUGAUGGGCUGGCCCUUGCUGCCCAUGAAAACGUUGUGGUGGUGACCAUUCAAUACCGCCUGGGCAUCUGGGGAUUCUUCAGCACAGGGGAUGAACACAGCCGGGGGAACUGGGGUCACCUGGACCAGCUGGCUGCCCUGCACUGGGUCCAGGACAACAUUGCCAGCUUUGGAGGGAACCCAGGCUCUGUGACCAUCUUUGGAGAGUCAUCGGGAGGAGAAAGUGUCUCUGUUCUUGUUUUGUCUCCACUGGCAAAGAACCUCUUCCACCGGGCCAUUUCUGAGAGUGGCGUGGCUCUCACUGCUAUUCUAGUGAAGAAAGGUGAUGUCAAGCCCUUGGCUGAGAAAUUUGCCAUCGCUGCUGGGUGUCAAACCACCACCUCAGCUGUCAUGGUUCACUGCCUGCGACAGAAGACGGAAGAGGAGCUCUUGGAUACGACAUUGAAAACGAUGUUCUUCUCCCUGGAUUUACAUGGAGACCCCAGAGAGAGUCACCCUUUAUUGACCACCGUGAUUGAUGGGCUGCUGCUGCCGAAAACACCUGAAGAGCUUCAAGCUGAAAGGAAGUUCCACACUGUCCCCUACAUGGUCGGAAUUAACAAGCAAGAAUUUGGCUGGAAUCUUCCAAUGUCGUUGGGCUAUCCACUCUCCGGAGGGCAACUGGACCAGAAGACAGCCAUGUCACUCUUGUGGAAGUCCUAUCCCCUUGUUUACAUUGCUAAGGAACUGAUUCCAGAAGCCACUGAGAAAUACUUAGGAGGAACAGAUGACCCUGUCAAAAAGAAAGACUUGUUCCUGGACCUGAUAGCAGAUGUGGUGUUUUGUGUCCCGUCUGUGAUUGUGGCCCGGCACCACAGAGAUGCUGGAGCGCCCACCUACAUGUAUGAGUUUCAGUAUCGUCCAAGCUUCUCAUCAGACAUGAAACCCAAGACGGUAAUAGGAGACCACGGGGACGAGCUCUUCUCUGUCUUUGGGGCCCCAUUUUUAAAAGAGGGUGCCUCAGAAGAGGAGAUCAGACUUAGCAAGAUGGUGAUGAAAUUCUGGGCCAAUUCUGCUCGUAAUGGAUUGCUGCCUUCUCGCUGUGUCCUGGUCUGGAACUUCUAG